CAAUUCCAGAAAUUCAUGCUUGAGAAGUUUAACGAUUCAAAUCACAAUCAUUCCCCAAAUAGGCAUUGAGUCGAUUCUAUGAUUGUUUUGAAGAAAACUAGAGGCGGCCUUCUUUAUUGGAACGCAACUAUUUUAAAAUUAGCCACUAUACUGUUUAUAGGAAUUUUAUUGGUGUGUUCAGUACAUUUUUUCAAUUUGUCUUCCUCAUACAGUAGCCGAACCACGAGUGACGGUCCCUUGCGUUCUAGUAUCGAUGAAUUUUGCGAGUCCUUAGGAUAUCCUCUUGUUAUGCCUCUUGAAGAGAACUUAUUCUCAGAAAGACAUAGAAAAGAGACGCUUUGUGUAUUUUGGGAUGUUGGGGAUGUUUAUGAGGCUAGCUUUAUAGCAGAUAUUCUUUUGAAGGAAUAUCCGUCUACCAUUUAUCAUAUAACAGAUACGAGUGUGGAAUCUAUCCUUCAUAGCAACAGAUCUCUAACACAUAUUUGUAAGCAUAGUCUACUUGUUACCAACAGUGAUGAAUCAAAGAUACUAAACAUCCUGAAAACUUUACAAGAGAGUGGUUUUGAUAAUAGAGGAGUAUUCCUUUUGUCAGACGAAGGCUGUUCAAAGCAUUGCCGUGAUAUAAGUCGACCCUAUUGUGAUUAUAUUAUCCGAAAUUACUGGUGUGAAGCUAUGAAUUCUCACCAAGAUGCAUACUGGAUGCCUUUAGGCUAUGCUAUUCCAUUCGUGGAACCCAAUGAAAACACCAUUUUGCCAUGUUUUCUUAGAAAAUAUACAGCUUCAUUCAAAGGAUCUCUGAAGUCUGAUCGUCUUCGUUUUAUUGAAUAUUUGAAAAACUCUAGUGUAUAUAAUGAAUCAAGAUUUCUUGUUCAGACAACAGAGGAUUUCCAUAAGGGAGAUCCAGCAUAUAAGUUUCGAGGUCUGUUAAUGGAUUCACAAAUAAUUCCUUGUCCUGCUGGAGUUAAUUCCGAACAAUUCCGAAUCUGGGUAGCAUUAUCCACAGCUUCUAUUCCCAUUCUACAACAAGGAGAAACCUUUUUCAAACUUCCGCAAGAUCAUCCUCUGAUUAUCGUGGAAAGUGUAGAAGAAAUGGUUAGAGAAAUCGAGCGGUUGAACAAUGAGCCUUUAAAAAUGAUGAAGAUACAGUGCAAAAUCUUUCGCUGGUGGCUUUCUUAUAAGAGAACUCUCCAGAGACAAGUACCUCAACUUGUUCUUGACGGCCGACAUUUGAAUUGGCAGUAACACCCUGGACUCUUUUGGAGUUGGAGUUCGAGUACUUGAGACGUUGUUACGUUUUCUGUAAUUGUAACUUAGUGGACUGUCAGAUCUUGUUUCAGAUAAAAGUCACUGUCUUUUCUUUUUUGCAAAAUGAUUUUUGUUGACAGUAGCAAUGCCUAUUGGAUGCUAUUAUGAGUACAAGAAUGAAAGUGCAUCAAGUGAGACUAUGAAUACAUCGAACUUUCUCUUCCAGUAGUGUUCUAUUAUGUCUUGACUUUUUGACAGUAUUUGAGUAUUCACUUAUUCAUAGAGCGUUGUUUGAGUUCAAAAGCUUCUAAUGUUAAAAUUUUAUUCUAAACCAUUUUAAAAGCAAGAUUUGUCACUUUGUAGCCGAAGCAUGAUUGUAUUAGCUCGGAUACAAAGACCAAGGCUGUUCUAAAUCGGAAGAGGUUAAUAUUCUCAGAAGUGUAUUUGUAGUAAUUGGUCAUUGACGCUGUUAUUGGAAAGGAUUGUCAUAGUUGGAAGUUUAUAGUAUCGUUGUCAGAGCUUUUCUUAUUUUAACUAAAUACAUAUGCCAACAAUUCAUUUUGGUUCCAUAUGAAUUUAAAAAUUCUGCAAUUGCAACUAAUCUCCCGCUAGAUUUUGAACUGCAAAACGUAGUGAACAGUAUGAUAAGUAUCUUUCAAUUAGUUAAUUUAAUCUU